AUAAAACUUUACUCUCACGCACAAGAGAGCACACUUCUAGAGGCAUCGCGAGGGCACAAGGGUGCUUUGUUUAAAUCUGAUGAUUAAUUUUAGUCUUUGAAUCAGCCAAGAUCAAUUUAUCUGAGGAGACCACCUUCAGGAAGUCAAGAUGUUUGCUGUCCAUCUACUGUCUUUUUAUUUCUCAAAGCUGCAGGAGGAUCAGAUAAAGAAGGUCGACAGAUAUCUUUAUGCUAUGCGCCUAUCUGAUGAGCAGUUGGCGGACAUAUCUGCUCGCUUUUGCCUGCAGAUGGAGAAAGGACUGUCAAAUGAGAGCAAUGCAACAGCUGCAGUGAAGAUGCUUCCAACCCACGUUUAUGCAACGCCUGAUGGCUCAGAGAAGGGUGAGUUUCUGGCACUGGAUCUGGGUGGUUCAAAAUUCAAGGUACUACAGGUGAAGGUCUCAGAAAAUGGGAAGAGGACAGUACAGAUGGAGAGUGAAACCUUUCCCAUCCCUGAAGAGAUUGUUAAUGGGAGAGGAACAGAGCUUUUUGAGCAUGUGGCAGAAUCUUUGAAAACUUUUCUACAGAAGCACCACAUUAACCAGAAAAGCAAACCUCUCGGCUUCACCUUCUCUUUUCCCUGUGCACAGUCUAAAGUAGAUGAGGGCAUCUUAUUGUCAUGGUCAAAGAAUUUCAAGGCCAGAGGUGUUCAAGGGACCAACGUGGUGCAGUCAUUAAGGAAAGCCAUUAAGAAAGUUGGCGGAGUUGAUGUGAAUGUCCUGGCUAUGGUCAAUGACACAGUGGGGGCCAUGAUGACCUGUGGAUAUGAUGACCAGAACUGUGAGGUUGGAGUUAUUAUAGGUACUGGAACUAAUGCUUGUUACAUGGAGGAAUUGAGACACAUUGACCUGGUGGAAGGAGAUGAAGGCAGAAUGUGUAUUAAUACUGAAUGGGGGGCUUUUGGAGAUGAUGGUGUGCUUGAUGAUUUCAUCACAGAUUUUGACCGUGAAAUUGACGCCGCCUCAAUUAAUCCAGGAAAACAGCUCUUUGAAAAGAUGAUCAGUGGGCUGUACAUGGGUGAGCUUGUGAGACUUAUCCUGCUGAAGAUGGCCAAACAGGGUCUACUAUUUCAUGGCCAAGUCACUGAUGCUCUCCGAACCAAGGGGAAAUUUCAGACUAACCACAUCUGCUUGAUUGAACAGUAUAAAUGUGGACUGGAGAACACCAGGGAGAUCCUGAAAGAACUGGGACUGAAUCCCUCUGAUGAUGACUGCGUCGCUGUCCAGCAUGUGUGCACCAUUGUCUCCUUCAGGUCAGCUAAUCUGGUUGCUGCCACCUUGGCUGCCAUCCUCACACGGAUCAGAAAGAACAAGAAAUUGAAGACUCUUCGCACCACCGUAGGAAUGGAUGGAACAGUCUACAGAACACAUCCACAGUACCCCAAAAGGCUCCAUAAAGUGGUCCGACGUCUGGUAUCUGAUUGUCAUGUUCGUUUUGUGCUGUCUGAAAGUGGCAGUGCAAAAGGUGCAGCUAUGGUGACUGCAGUUGCUCAGCGAUUAGCUUCUCGACGUAAGGAGAUUGAUGAUACCCUGGCAGCCUUCGCCUUAAACUCCACACAGCUCCAGGAAGUGAAGGAGAAGAUGCGUGUUGAGUUGGAGAGAGGCUUGAGAAAAGAUUCCCAUCCUACUGCUUCUGUAAAAAUGUUGCCAACCUAUGUUAACAGGACUCCAGAUGGGACAGAGACAGGAAAGUUCCUUGCCUUGGAUCUCGGAGGAACCAAUUUCCGUGUGUUGGUGGUUAAGAUUCGUACUGGUUUGCGGAAAUCUGUCCGGAUGUACAACAAGAUUUAUGCCAUCCCACUGGAGAUCAUGCAGGGCACAGGAGAGGAGCUGUUUGACCACAUAGUUCAGUGUAUCUCUGAUUUCUUGGACUAUAUGGGGAUUAAGAACACUCGUUUGCCACUUGGCUUCACCUUCUCUUUCCCAUGCAGUCAGACGGGUAUUGAUAAGGGAGAUUUGGUCUGCUGGACAAAAGGCUUCAAAGCAACAGAUUGUGAGGGGUAUGACGUUGUGGAUAUGCUGAGAGAGGCCAUCAAAAGACGAAAUGAAUUUGACCUGGAUAUCGUUGCUAUAGUGAAUGACACAGUUGGCACAAUGAUGACAUGUGCAUACGAGGACCCUAAAUGUGAGAUUGGUCUUAUUGCUGGAACGGGCAGCAAUGUGUGUUACAUGGAGGAGAUGAAGAACAUUGAGUUUGUGGAAGGUGAUGAAGGGCAGAUGUGCGUGAACACAGAGUGGGGAGGUUUUGGGGAGAACGAUAAUAUUGAGGACAUCCGGACCAGAUAUGACAAAGAGGUGGACAUAGGAUCAUUGAAUGUGGGAAAACAAAGGUUUGAAAAGAUGACCAGCGGAAUGUAUUUGGGAGAGAUUGUAAGGCAGAUCCUGACUGACCUUACAAAACGUGGUCUUCUGUUUCGUGGUCACAUUACAGAGCCACUGAAGACCAGAGGCAUCUUUGAGACCAAGUUCCUCUCACAGAUUGAGAGUGACCGUUUAGCACUGCUGCAAGUGAGGUCCAUUCUGCAGCAUCUGGGCUUGGACAGCACAUGUGAUGACAGUAUUAUCGUGAAGGAAGUGUGUGGAGCCGUUUCUCGCCGGGCGGCCCAGCUCUGUGGAGCUGGAAUGGCUGCCAUUGUGGACAAAAUUCGGGAGAACCGUGGGCUGGAUCAUCUGGAGAUUACUGUUGGAGUUGAUGGCACCCUCUACAAGUUACAUCCCCACUUCUCCACAAUCUUAAUAGACACUGUCAGACAGCUUUCCCCCAAAUGUAAGGUGGCUUUUAUCCUGUCAGAGGAUGGCAGUGGGAAAGGUGCAGCCCUGAUCACAGCUGUAGCACGGCAGCAUAAAGAGAAACAAGAACUUUGCUAGACCCUCGGACUGCUUUUCUCAGAGUGCUGCAGAGGAUUUCUAGUAAAAAAAAUUAUAAUAUGCUGACAUUCAAGAAAUGUUUCUUGUUUUGAAGCUUUAUUCUUAUUAGUUUUUUGAUGUUGUUGUUGCAUAUUUCUGCAUUAGUGCAAAAAUUGGCAGAAAAGUGUACAAUUAUUAUUUUUUUUCUUUUUACUGUUGUUAUUAUUAUUAUUUGAUUUUGAAUGUCUUGAUAAGUGCAAUACAGAUUGCAUCAGUAUGAGCCUGAGUAUGCUCACUGUACUCUGUUUGCAGGUCUUUCUCUCAUUUGCUCUCCUUUUGUUCAGAAUCAGUGAGCAGUUUUGCAUGGGCAGUCAGAGAGAAUGGCUAACAGAGGCAAACUAAAGGGGUUGGUGACUGUGCAGUGGAAUGUCAUGACACUAUUUGGCAGUAGUGAUGCUCUUUGGUAGUGUAUAAUGAAGCUUGGUAACAAAGCACCCAUAUAAAACGAGAACUGCUAAACCCUUUUUUUUAUUUUUUUAAAAAAAGCAGUGAAUUUGAUUUUCCUCGAAUAAUAACAAAAAUAAAAUAAAAAUUCAGGAUACUUAAGAUUGUAGGAUUGUAAAUAUUAUCCUAAAAGAUUUUAUCUUGGACCUACUUAAAGAUGAUGUUAUUUUUUCAAUGUUAAAAACUUAAUCCUUUCCCAGUUUAUUCUUCAGAGAUUUUUCAUCUGUUGAUUUCCCCAAAAAGUGUGAACUAUGUGCUAUCAAAACAUUGCUCCAUUCAUAUGAGCAUCUUAGCCAGCCAGACACAGCAACAUUGGCUUAAAACAUUCUGUGCACUUUAGAGUUGGGCUAGUUAUUUUUUUCAACCAGUGGAAGACAGGGGGAAUAUUUGGGAAACCUAUUAUUAUAUUUAACCUAUAACUGUCAUUAUUUGUACAAUUCUGGCUCCAGUCACUGGCAAAGGAAUUAGACGCAUCAGUUUUAAAAGAUUUUCAGUAAAUACAUUUUUAGGACACUUAAACACCUUGUGAAUUGUUUUUCACCUUGCUGUUUAGGGCUUCCAUACUACAGGAAAGUAACAUCACAAAAGGUGUGAUUUGCAAUGCUAAGAAAAAGAGUUCCUUUCUAUGGAAACAUGGUUUAUCAUUAUUUCGUCUUAAAAUAUGCAUGACUGCUUUUCAAAGGGUGAUUUAAUAGAUGCAUCAGCACAUUUCUUUUUGUUUUUGCUAAUUUAAACUCCUAUUGGAUUAGACAAAGCAGUUAAACCAGGCCAGCUCUAUCACAAAUUCUCUCAGAGCAGGAAGGGAAUAGUUUACUCACUGUAAUCCCUCCUAAUGCUAGCAUCCCUGCAGAGGAAUAGUGUGCUGAAGCAACAGAGGACAGUAGCCAUGCUCACCAGCACGUCACUGUACCUACACAGUGCACACGCCAACA